AAUAAUAAAGAGUUCAAAGUCCGGCAACGCUGGACCAAACUGCGCAGCUGUUUUUGUUUUCGUUCCUUUGUUUGGUACAGGAAAAUGCGUAUUUAGGAAGACCAAAGCGUGACCAAAGGAAGACAGAAAGAAAUCACUUUGCAGACAGUUCGUAAAUAAGUAGCUCCAUUCCAAUUUAUGGUCACUCAGUUGAAAAGUAGCUGUACAACCUUAUAGACUUGUUAUUAUAUUUCACUAAAAAGAUGAAGCUGUUACUAAUUCUGGCAGCUGUAGUCAUAAGCUGUCAAGCAGUCUCUUUCUACGAUUUAGUACAAGAGCAAUGGUCAUCAUUUAAGAUGCAACAUUCCAAAAAUUACGACAGCGAGACUGAGGAAAGAUUCCGAAUGAAAAUAUUUAUGGAAAACGCCCACAAAGUUGCCAAACAUAACAAACUAUUCUCCCAAGGCUUUGUCAAGUUCAAGCUGGGUUUGAACAAGUACGCCGACAUGUUACAUCAUGAAUUCGUCUCUACGCUUAACGGUUUCAACAAAACCAAGAACAAUAUCCUGAAAGGCAGUGACUUGAACGAUGCAGUAAGGUUUAUCUCCCCUGCAAAUGUCAAAUUGCCUGAUACUGUUGAUUGGAGGGACACAGGAGCUGUCACUGAAGUCAAAGACCAAGGUCACUGCGGGUCGUGUUGGAGUUUCAGUGCUACCGGUUCACUCGAAGGCCAGCACUUCCGUAAAACCGGCAAACUAGUGUCCCUUAGCGAACAAAACUUGGUAGAUUGUUCAGGAAGAUACGGCAACAACGGCUGCAACGGCGGUCUCAUGGACAACGCCUUCCGUUACAUCAAAGACAACGGCGGUAUCGACACGGAAAAGUCCUACCCCUACCUAGCCGAGGACGAGAAAUGCCACUACAAAGCCCAGAACAGCGGCGCAACCGAUAAGGGCUUCGUAGACAUCGAAGAAGGCAACGAAGAUGACCUUAAGGCAGCAGUUGCUACCGUAGGCCCCGUUUCGAUAGCCAUCGACGCCAGCCACGAAACCUUCCAACUGUACUCGGACGGAGUGUACAGCGAUCCUGAAUGUAGCUCACAAGAACUGGACCAUGGGGUGUUGGUAGUGGGAUACGGUACCAGCGACGAUGGUCAGGACUACUGGUUGGUGAAGAAUUCGUGGGGACCCAGCUGGGGAUUGAACGGAUACAUCAAGAUGGCCCGGAAUCAAGAUAACAUGUGCGGAGUUGCAUCUCAGGCUAGUUAUCCUUUGGUUUAGAGGAUAUAGGACAGCGUUUGUGAUUUUUUAUUAGGGUUUAGAAUACCUAUCUCUAAAAGCUCUCUAUUUUUUUUUGUUAUCAAUUUAGUUUUGUAAGAUAUUUUAUAUGAUCUUUGUAGAGAUUCUUUUUUAAGCUUCCAUUAAAAACGACUAAAAUCAUUAAAUAAGUAAAUAAUG